GCAUACAUGCACUAAGAACAGAAGAAGAAGAACAAGUACUGGCGUAAUAGAACACUGAUGUACCUAUGGGUGCAUGAACAAAGCAGCAAGCUGGACAGCGUCAAGAAAUCGACGUUAAGGCCCAGCUUCAUACCCACAGGUUGGAGCUUCCAGCAAUGUGUGGGCACGCACUCGCCGAUCACUGUCAAGGACAGAAUUCGGCCUGUGGCGUUUGCGCUUUUCGGUUACGCUGCUCCACUAUACAUGAUUCCGCUCCUUCCUGCGAAAACGACCGCUGCAUCGUGCGCAUACUUCAUCAUCAUAGUAAUCCUAUGGCAUAUGUUAAGCGUGCUUCCGGCACCGGUGGCGUCGAUGAUGCUCAUACUACUGUUCACCUUUGGAGAAACUCUUGACGAAGAAGUUGCCAUUGCCAGUUACGUGUCUCCUUACAUGCUGCACGUUGUGGCGGCGAUGAUAGUGGUUGGAGCGAGCAAGUCGACCAAGCUAUUUGACCGAGCGGCAAUCGUCGUGCUACGCAACCAUGGGGCUCGCAUUCGUUCUCUGCUCUUGGGCUUCGCAGGCGUCGCUUUGAUUCUAACCGUCUUUCUAGAUAACAGCGUCACCACGUUGGUUAUGGUGACGCUUAUCGAGAGGGCCACACACACCAUCCAGGACAGCACCAUACAGGGAUUCCACAAGAAGGCGCUUUUCAAUAAGGUGACGCGGAGGUAUUCGCGAUCCCGCCGUAAAACUCUGGAAGACAUAUAUUUACGCGACCUCGACUCCAUGGCGGAGAUUGAGCGCAGUGCACACAAUUAUGCCACCGAAGACUAUGACGGCGCUCGUCGAUCGGAAAUCGCAGCUGCAGAGAACUCUCCAACCGCUGAAUCUGGGGCAGCAGCCCCCUUUGUGACAACAACGGUACCAAAGACACCCCCACUUGUAACUGCAAAACGGAAAGCUCGCGUCCCCCUAGCACCUUCAGUCUCUCCACGGACGACACCUAGUACUACGACGACUAAGGACUCCAAGACGAUUCUUCCUCGAACAGUCAAUAGGCUAAGGCGAAGUAUAGCCAUCAUGGAGCGCGGUCAGGUAGUUGUUCCCGGAACAUCAUCACCGGCCCCUUCGUCAUUGCGUGCCACCUCACCUACGACCUCUAGCCACCGCCGUUCAACGGCGUUCUCGAUCUAUGACACUGUUGCUCUACGCGAAGUGGCGUCGUGGGAAAGAGAGAGGUACAGCGUCAUCCAGCGAGAUCUUAUAGUCAGCGCUGUGAUGGUGACAGUGAUAGGAUCUAUGGUGAGCACCACGGGGAAUAUGGCCACACUCUUCCUCUUCAGCUACCUUGAAAUGAGGUUUGAACACAAAGUGAUUCCAGGAGGCGCAUGGAUUAUGAUCCUCUUCCCCGUCGUUGGGUGCGGCCUUUUAGCCUGCUUCUUCGUCAUGUACUUUGUUCUCUUGAAGCAUUAUGACGCUGAGGAAGACGAGCACGCAAGAACGGAGAUCUCAAAGGUGCUAGAAAAACGCCGAGAGAAUCUCGGGACAAUGAAUGUCUCGGAAGGUGUCUAUGCGAGCGUUCCUGUCAUCGUCUUAGCCGUCUGGGCACUCGCUAGUAAGCUUUUCUUCACUGGAAGCUACCAUAUCGAAGAAACGGGGGCUGAACGUAUGCUAGUGAUUGAUUACCUAGUAGUGCUAGUGUUGGUGGUGAUGCCACAGAAGUCGAGGCCAGUGACGGACGCAGCCGCAGCGACAGACACUGCCAGCCCAUCGUCUCGCGAAGCACCACACCUGCGAGUCACCACAGCCUUUGUGAACUGGCAUGCUGUCCUGCUAGGGAUUCGAUGGGGGCCCCUCAUUAUUCACGGCAGUGUGUCCAGCGUCGGCAAGGCCGUUCAAGUAUCUGGCAUCGCCCAUUGGGUGCAUUCGGCUCUGGACGAAUUCCACAUGCUCGACCCAACGGCCAUCCAAGUAAUACUUGCCACUAUGUCCUCUGUACUGACGGAGGUCGUCAGCAUCCAAGUCACAGUACCGCUACUUGUUCCUAUUGUCAUUGAACUUGCUCUGAAGAUGCGAUUCAACCCCCUGUAUUUCGCAAUACCUGUGGUGGUAGCUGCGUCAACGACUCUAAUACUCCCCACAGCGGCUAUCGCGGUCGCCAUUUUGGACGACACCGUUAAUAUCAGCCGUCGGAAGCUGCUGGUGCAGGGCGUAGUGAUAAAGGCGGUGACGAUAGUGUCCCUACUGUUCUCAAUGAACACCGUUGGCGACGCUCUGUUCUCUUGGAGCGAGGUGCCUGCAUGGGCACAGACUGUGGAAAAUAUAAAUUCAUCACUUAAUUUACAAAUACCAUAACACGUAAUAUUUCCUUAUUACCAUCGACUAGGCACCUGCCUGCCGUUGAGUACAUGCUUAAUAAAUCAAUUUUUACAGAU